AUGUGCGGUGGUAUUUCGUCAAACUCGGCUCUUGGACUGUUGCCAUCCCUGGCAGCCUACCCCAUCCGUGCUUCACCUCGUAGGACCUCCAAAAAGGUGAAGAAAAAACCCCGUAUUAUGCACAAACCGAUUGGAGACUAUCAACGACAAGAAGAACUCACUGAUUCAAGGGCUGAUACACCAACUCGGACGAGCAUUGACCACAACGCCGAAGCAGAAGAGGAGUUUGGCGCUUUACGAAAAACAGCAGAACGAUUUGCACCACGUACAAUCACCCAGAGAAUGAUUGCUGAAUCUUCAACUAGCAACUCUGCUCCAUCUUCACAACCCCCUUCCCGCUCCGUCUCGCCUGCGCCGCACAAAGCGACCCGGAAGGACCCGUAUGGGCGCUUUACCCAAAUGACGAUAGACGGUUAUUCCCCGACUCCUUCUUUUACAGCCGAAAGCUUUCAACAACUUGUCGAGCUUUCCAAGGCCCAAAAUAACGAUGAAGCUUCUACCCCGACCCAGUCUACCGCGCCAUCGGAAUGCGACUCGCAAGAUUCCGAGCGCUCAUCUGUCUUUCUCAGGGUACCCGAAAUGAAGAGAAAGAGAACUAGUAGUUCAGCGAGAACCGCUGGAGAGAGAGACGACGGUGCCUUACGACCCACGACCUUUUGGAAAAAUACCCCUAGAUCCGCCUUGGCGUCUCCAGCUUAUUCCCCUUCCACUCAUUUGAUCAGACAAGCCCAAUUUGUAGCAGCUGGAGUAGAAAUGACAGAACCUUCGGGAGAUAUUGCAGCACU